CGGGCACUGCCAUGGGGCUCCUCCCAGGAAGUGGAAGUGAAUGCCAAAUGUGAAGGUUUUGCUCACACGUGGAGGAGGCAUCAGCCCCACACACACUGCUGGGAAUGGGCUACCUGUGAUCUACAUUACCCUUGAGGAGCCCAAAGGGUCUCUACCUCUCCCAUUAACUCCAAGUGGCACAGAACUUUGUGCCAGUUGGCAUGGUGCCCCUGGAGCUGGGUACAGCCUGUGUCUAGGGCCAGGGAGAGGGUGGGGGAUGGGUUGUUCUGGGGAGCACAGUGGCUGUUGCCUAGGAGACCGGAUCCUGAGCCAGGAGGCCAGAGGCCUGGCCAGGCAAAGCCCUGGGGCCCAAGACUGGGUCUCCGGAGGGGUGGGGGAAGCCAGUGGGGCUGUCAGUUGGGUAGGGCAUCUGGAGUUUCCCCUCCCCAAAGCCUCACCCCAGGGGGGGCUCUGAAAAAGAUCUGGCAUAUCACUGCAUAGCUUUCACUGGCAACCUUCGUACCUCCCUGCCCAGACUUCGUGAAUCUGGAAGAGUCUGCUCCUAACCUGAGUAAGGCUGGAAUCCUGGUUCCCGGUCCCCCAGAGCUGUAUCACCCCCCACCCCGUCACCCUCCCCUCCCCAAGUCCUUGCGCCACCUUGUGGCUGUCCCUGGGACUGCACCCAGAGUCUGUAAAGCUAAUAAUUGCUGAAGACUGGCAGCUCAACUGGGGCCUUGGUGGCUCAGAGUUCCCCCACACCCUUCCCUUAUGGAGGGGGGAGGGAGAUCUGACCUUACCAACAUUGUAGAACUCAGACAGGGUUAGCUCCCAGGGAGAGUGGAGCACAGAGCUGUCUUUGACUAUGACCCUGGCCAAGGUCAGUGUGUCAGUAUGUUGGGAACUGCAUCAGGGGAGGGCCCUGCAACAUGCCACACACAGGGUGGGUGUGGGAGGUUAUACAAUCUGUGCAUGCAUGUGGAAGGCUUAUGCAACCUGUGUGUGCUGAGGUUAUGUAACAUGUGUGUGGAGAGGCUGGUGACAUAUAUGUGCAGUGGCUGUGGCUUGCUAAUACCUUGCAUGAAGGGGCUCGGGUUCCUUGUCCUGGCUGAUUUCAGUGCACAGUGUCACCAAGCACGAAUGGGGUCUCUGCUGCUCUGUUAAAUGGAUAACAUGGACAGGGUGACUCUGGAAUUCCUUUCCUCUUCUCAUAUUCUUGGUUCUGUGUUCUAGUUGCUAGGCACUAUAUGUUUUCAGUCACUGUGGUUAUUUAGCAUGUGUGUGUGACCUGGAAAUCAUGUUUACUGGGGGGAAGGAGGGUGGUAUUAUUAGGUGUCUGUCCAGAGGGUUGUGUAACAUAUGGGCAUAUCCUAGAGGUCAUAUAACACAUUUGAGAAUACUCUGAAAGUUGCAUAGAUAUGUAAAUUCUGGUGCUUAUUUACCAUGCUUGGGUGUAUCCUGAAGGCUGCAUAGUUAUUCACAUUUAGUGGUCUUACGUUGCACGCGUGUGUGUGUGUGUGUGUGUGUUUUAAAGAUUAUAUAACUCGAAGCAUGUCCUGAAGAUUCUGCAUGUGUCAUAUACUGAAUGCUUAAAUAUGUGGAUAUCUUGUAGAUUAUGGGUGUUUAAGGUUCUAUAAUGCUUGUGUGUGUGCAUGUGUGUUUGAGCCCUAGAACAUGCUUGUGCCCCAGCCAAGCCCCUUAUCUCUCUCCCUAAAGCUUCUAGAUAGCUGGACCCUUCUUACUUUUGUCAGCUGACUUGGGGGUGGGAGGUAGAGUGAGGACAUGAGACGCAGAGAGUCGGGCCUAGGGGCUUACAUAAGCCUAUUGGAUGAGAAGGGGCUGCCCAAAGACUGCUCUGUGAUUCUGCCCACUUUGCCUCCCUCCAGUGCCAGGUCACCAGAUGGAAAGCGAAAAAGAAAGAACGGCCAAUGUUCCCUGAAAACCAGCAUGUCAGGGUAUAUCCCUAGUUACCUGGACAAAGACGAGCAGUGUGUCGUGUGUGGGGACAAGGCAACCGGUUAUCACUACCGCUGCAUCACUUGUGAGGGCUGCAAGGGCUUCUUUCGCCGCACAAUCCAGAAGAACCUUCAUCCCACCUACUCCUGCAAAUAUGACAGCUGCUGCGUCAUUGAUAAGAUCACCCGCAACCAGUGCCAGCUGUGCCGCUUUAAGAAGUGCAUCGCCGUGGGCAUGGCCAUGGACUUGGUUCUAGAUGACUCGAAGCGAGUGGCCAAGCGCAAGCUGAUUGAGCAGAACCGGGAGCGGCGGCGGAAGGAAGAGAUGAUCCGAUCACUGCAGCAGCGACCAGAGCCCACUCCCGAGGAGUGGGAUCUGAUCCAUGUUGCCACGGAGGCCCAUCGGAGCACAAAUGCCCAGGGCAGCCAUUGGAAGCAGAGGCGGAAGUUCCUGCCGGAUGACAUUGGCCAGUCACCCAUCGUCUCCAUGCCGGACGGAGACAAGGUAGACCUAGAGGCCUUCAGUGAGUUUACCAAGAUCAUCACCCCGGCCAUCACCCGUGUGGUGGACUUUGCCAAAAAACUGCCCAUGUUCUCCGAGCUGCCUUGCGAAGACCAGAUCAUCCUCCUGAAGGGGUGCUGCAUGGAGAUCAUGUCCCUGCGGGCUGCUGUCCGCUAUGACCCCGAGAGCGACACCCUGACGCUCAGCGGGGAGAUGGCUGUCAAGCGGGAGCAGCUCAAGAACGGCGGCCUGGGCGUAGUCUCCGACGCCAUCUUUGAAUUGGGCAAGUCACUCUCUGCCUUUAACCUGGACGACACGGAAGUGGCUCUACUGCAGGCCGUGCUGCUGAUGUCAACAGACCGCUCGGGCCUGCUGUGUGUGGACAAGAUCGAGAAGAGUCAGGAGGCGUACCUGCUGGCGUUCGAGCACUACGUCAACCACCGCAAACACAACAUUCCGCACUUCUGGCCCAAGCUGCUGAUGAAGGAGAGAGAAGUGCAGAGUUCGAUUCUGUACAAGGGGGCAGCGGCAGAAGGCCGGCCGGGCGGGUCACUGGGCGUCCACCCGGAAGGACAGCAGCUUCUCGGAAUGCAUGUUGUUCAGGGUCCGCAGGUCCGGCAGCUUGAGCAGCAGCUUGGUGAAGCGGGAAGUCUCCAAGGGCCGGUUCUUCAGCACCAGAGCCCGAAGAGCCCGCAGCAGCGUCUCCUGGAGCUGCUCCACCGAAGCGGAAUUCUCCAUUCCCGAGCGGUCUGUGGAGAAGACGACAGCAGUGAGACAAGCUCCCUGAGCUCCUCUGACGAGGAACCGGAGGCCUGCCAGGAGGAACCCGAGGUGUGCCAGGAGGAACCCGAGGUGUGCCAGGAGGAGGUCUGCCAGGAGGACGUGGCGGGCAAUGCAGCCUCUCCCUGAAGCCCCUCAGAGGGCCCAGGGGAAGGAGGAGGGAAGCAUAACUCCUCCUCCCAGGCCUCUGCCCCAGAGCAGGAGGUACCUGAGAGCUGGGAGCAUGGGCUCAGCAGGGCUGGGCACCUCCUAUCUCACAAGGCCACUCUCCUUCCCUAAACAGGCCGAACAUAUCCAGGCCCCUUUGCUUUUUGCUCUAUAGUUCCCUCCGCUUGAAUGCCCUUGCCCUCCCUGCCCUCCACUCCCCCCCCCACCUCUGCCUGGCAAUAUCUUGUCCUUUGAGGCCCCACUCAAAUGUCACCUCCUUCCCCAGCUCCCCAGGCAGAAAUAGUUGUGUGUGCUCCCUAAGCCCUUGGUUCAUGCUUCUACUGUGACACUUAUUCACUGUUUUAUAAUUAGUCGGGCAUGAGUCUGUCUCCUAAGCUAGACUGUGUUUGAAUCAUGUCUGUAUCGCCAGUGCCCAGUGCAGGGCCUGGCAUAGAGUAGGUACUCCAUAAAAGGUGUGUUCAAUUGAA